AUGUCGCCGGCGGCAGUGGAUUUUCGCUCCCCGAUCACCUCUAUACCGACCAAAUCCUCCUCUACUCCUGAAAACCCUAACCCUGUACCCGACAUGGCGUCCUCUCCCACCUUUAACCUCGGUGCUUCAAACGACAAUGGAAGUCAGUGUCAGUUCGGUCCGAGUGUGCCGUCGCGAUCGGGUCGGUCUCGGCCGAGAUUUGUGAAGAUGAGGAAGCAGCAUUCGAGGUCAAGAACUGGGUCGGGUGAGAGUGGGCCGGGGGUCAACCCGUUUUGCUUGGUAAGUGAUGGUACUAGUUCUUCCAAUGGGUUUAAUUUUUCUAAUGGUGAUUGUGGGGGUGUGGAUUUUGUGUUUGGUGCUAGAAAGAUUGGUGGUGAUGAGAAUUUGGAUAAUGGGGAGGGAGGGAGUGGUGGAAUAGUGAGAAAUUUGGAUAGUGGGGAGGGAGGGAGUAGUGAAAUAAUGAGAAAUUCGAGUUGUGACGAUAAUUUGCAUAAUGGGGAGGGAGAGAGUUGUGAUGAGAGGGGGCAGGUGAAUACUGGGAAUGGAAGAGAGUCUGAUAAGCUGGAGAGUGUUUGUUAUGAGUGUAGUGCAAAGCAGGAUGGUCUGGGAUCUAGUUUGUGUCAGGAAAAGAGAGAAUUUUGUGAAAAUGUUAGAGCGAUCGUUUCUGAAGAUAAGUGGAAUGAAAGAACAGAGACUGAAACAGAAUGUCAGAAGGGUGAUAACCGGGGUUUUGUGUUUAGUGCUAACAGCAGUGGUUUGAGUUCAGAUUUGAAGUUGGAUUCGAAUCAAGAAAUGAGAGUAUGUGGUGGAUAUGUGGAGAAACCGAGCGCAGAUAAUAGUGGAAAAAUGAAAAUAGAGAGUGAAGUAGGGUAUAAUGUGGGUUCUGGGCUUGGAGCUAGUCAAAGAGAUUCAGCUCCGAAGUUGAAUGCCAAAAAUGGGGAGUCUGCAAGUUUUGUGUUUGCUACUGGCUCAGAUGAUUUUGGGUCUACUUCAAAUACAGGAAACAGAGAACACAGUGAAAAUGAGGGGACACCAGGUUGUGAUGGUAUUGGCAGUACAGAAAUUGGUAAUGAAGCUGAGCAAAAGAAGUACAAUGAUAUGGGUUUCGUGUUUGGUUCUAGUGGGAAUUCCUUGAAUUCAGGAAAGAAAAGCUCUAGUGGAAAACUGGAAAAGUUGGCUCCUGAUGUUGUUGGUGGGAAGAUGAAAGUAGAGAGUGAAACAGAGUUUGAGAAAAUGGAAGCUGAUCCUUUUAAAUUUCAUGCCGAGGAGCAUUGCAUCUCAAAUAAAGAUCAUGAUAAGGGCUUUUUUGUAUUUGGAAGCAGCACUAAGAAAGGUUCCAGUUUGACUGAAUGCAAGGUCACGAAGUGUCAAGAUGAAAUGAAACUGAGUAGUGAAAAUUUAGGAGAUUGCAAGACCAAUUCAGAAAGUAAUUCUUGUGGUCAGUGUUCAGGAGGUCCUUAUGUUGCCUCAGAGAAAAAUAAUGGAGAUAAUGAUGAAAGUAGUGACCAGAACCAUAUCUUAUUUGGAAGUGAUAGAAACACGGAGGAUGCCACUCUAGGAAUUUCUGGUUCCAAAAAAUUAACAUCUCAGGCAGGAAGUGAUGAGAGUGUUGAGGCAGGACAGUUUUCUCAUUAUCCAAUUAAUAAUAAUACACACCCAAAUGUAGCUGCUGCACCAUGUUCAUCCUCAUCAAUUGGUCCUGGCAUCAAAACCAAUGGUUGUGUUUCUGAAGCAGCAUCUGUGGGUGGAGUAAGAAAGAAAGAUGAAAAUAGUUCUACUGGCACUUCAGAUGGUUUUGGAGUGUGCUUUGAGCACUUGAAAACGUCAUUUUUGGAUCCUUCCUGUCUUAGAUCAAAUAUUUUUCCUGAAUUAAAUAAAACUUCGGAGUUCAGUGUGAAGGGUAGGUCAUUUAGGGACAAAAGAUCAAGGAAACAAAGGGGAAAGUCGAAGCUGAGUAAGCAAUGGCCAGUUCAAGGUCAUGUGCCCAAGGAAAGUAGUUCCCAAGGAAACCCAGACCCUUCUGGAUGUUACUCACCCAUGGAUUUUUCUCCCUAUGAGGAAACAAGAGUUGCUGAUCCACAUUCAAGGGAAACUUCUGUGACCUCUACUGACUCAAACCACCUAGUCAACGAUAGUGCAACCUGUGCCUCCAAUGCAACAGUUCCUGCUGAUCCUAAAGGUGAAGAUUUGGUUGCUGCAGGAAGUGGGUUGGAUGACAGAGGUGAUCAGAUAUGUAAACAGCCCAUUGAGGAGAAUACGAGGUAUCAUAGUGAGAAAAUCUUUUUCCACGAUUUUUUGUGGAAAGGGUCUGGUUCUGGAGCUGAACCUGAAACUCCCUGCUUUAGUUCCAAAAGUGAGCAUGUGAGUAGUAUCAGUGGUUCUGGUUUGGAUUCAGAAGAAGCUAGAGUUGGCAUUGGCUUAAAUAUAGAGAGACAAGAAAGUGAUUGUAAAACACCACUUUUUGCUUCAGGUUUUGAAAAUAUGAAAGAUAAAUACUUCACAUUUUUGGCAUCAUCUUCUGCUCAAGGUAGCUCAAUGAUGGCAAAGCGCCAACAGCGUAGAAAGAAAAAUAGGAUGAAAGUUGGUCACAAGACGUUUGUUAUAACUCCAAGUCCGAAUGUUGAGUUUGGAUCUUCUGACCUAUUUACCCUCCACUCUAAGGAAACUUUAUCUGCAGAUGUAGUUGGUAAAUCUGAAGCAAAUGAACAAUUUAAGCAAGUGAAUAUCUCUUCUAGUGCUGCUACUCAUGAAACCUGUGAGAAAUGGCGGAUCAGGGGAAACGAAGCUUAUAAAAAUGGAGAUCUUUCAAAAGCUGAAGAUUUUUACACACGGGGAAUAAUUUCUAUACCUUCUAAUGAACGAUCAGGAUGCUGCCUUAAGCCUCUUUUGCUAUGCUAUAGCAACCGUGCUGCAACAAGAAUGGUUCUUGUAAGGAUAAGGGAAGCUUUAGGGGACUGUGUGAUGGCUACUGCAUUAGAUCCCAACUUUCUCAAAGUUCAAAUGAGGGCUGCUAAUUGCCAUCUUCUGCUCGGUGAAGUUGAAAUUGCACGGCAGUACUUCAAUAAGUGCUCAGAAUCAGGAAGUGGUGUGUGUUUGGAUCGAAGAGUUGUAAUAGAUUCUGCAGAUGGCCUACAAAAAGUUCAGAAAGUGGUCGAGUAUACAAAUCGUUCUGCCAAGCUGCUGGACCAGAGAACUACUGAUGCGGCUCUCACUGCUUUAGAAAUAAUUUCUGAGGCCUUGUCAGUUAGUUUAUACUCGGAAACAUUGCUUGAAAUGAAAGCAGAGGCUCUGUGUUUGUUAAGGAGGUAUGAAGAGGCGGUUCAGUUGUGUGAGCAGAGUUUGUUCUUUGCUGAAAGGAAUUUCGCUCCACUGAACAGUGUUAGGUUGUGGAGGUGGUUCUUCAUAUCCAAGUCUUACUUUCAUUUGGGUAGGCUUGAGGCAGCUCUUGAUUUACUCGAGAAGCUAGAGGAAGUGGAAUCUACUAAAGACAUGUAUGCAAGUAAGACAUUGGAAUUAGCGGUUUCGUUAGCUGUCACCAUACGCGAACUUUUAAGCCACAAGAAUGCAGGCAAUGAAGCAUUUAGAUCAGGAAGAUAUGCAGAAGCAUUGGAACAUUAUACUGUUGCUUUAUCUAGCAAUUUCGGAUCUCGUCCAUUUUCAGCCAUCUGUUUGUGCAACCGUGGUGCAGCACACCAAGCUUUGGGUCAAAUUACUGAUGCCAUUGCAGACUGCAGUCUUGCCAUUGCUCUUGAUGGAAAUUAUGCAAAGGCAGUUUCUAGAAGAGCUACCUUACAUGAGAUGAUACGAGACUAUGGACAGGCAGCUAGUGAUCUCCAAAGACUUAUAUCCAUUCUGGAAAACCAAUCUAAUGACAAAGCCAAAGAGUGUAGCUCAAAAGGUAGAUCCAAUGGCUGUGUAAAAGAAUUACGGCAUGCUCAUCGACGAAUGCCUUUGAUAGAAGAAGAAGCUAAGAAAGGAAUCUCUUUGGAUUUUUAUCUCAUUUUGGGAAUUAAACCAUCUGAUGCAAGUCCUGAUAUCAAGAAGGCUUACCGGAAGGCAGCUCUUAAGCAUCAUCCAGACAAGGCUGGCCAAUUCUUGGCAAGGAGUGAGAGUGGAGAUGAAGGGCAACUCUGGAAAGAAAUCUCUCAGGAGGUUCACAAGGAUGCUGACAGGCUCUUUAAAAUGAUUGGAGAGGCAUAUGCAGUACUUUCAGACCCUGCUAAGCGCUCACAAUAUGAUCUUGAGGAGGAGAUGAGAAAAGUAGAAAUUGAAAGCAAGGAAAGCGGCAUUUAUAGAAAAUCUUCAGAUUUUCAGAGUCCUGGACGCAACAGUUAUAGAAGACCUGAUUUCCAUAGCUCUCCAUUUGAGAGAAGUUCUAAUAGUCGGACCUACGGCAGGGAGAGUUGGAGAACAUAUGGAAAUUCGUAUUCUCGAUGGUAA